AGGGAGAUCGAGAGAAGCAGAGAGUGAGAGACAGAGAUACACAGAAAGAGACAGAGAGUGAGAAGGAAAAAAAGCCUGCAAAAUCCUCAUUCCCCAUCGCUCAGUACUGUAUUUUUAUCUGUGCGUGAACAGUCCUCCUCCACACGUUGCCUGCCUGUCACCGCACCCUCUGAGGGGAAGGGGAGGGGAGAGAAGGGGAGGGUAGAGGGGAAGGAAAAGGAGGGAGGCGAGCGGGGGAGCAGAGCCCCAGGAGGAGAAGAACAGCUCGGGACCCACAGGCUCCUCCGGUUCCUCAAACCACAGAGGUAAGAGGAAAGCCAUCCCUCUCAACCUCUCAGUACCCACCAUGGAUCCCAAAGACCGAAAGAAGAUUCAAUUCUCCGUGCCUGCACCCCCGAGCCAGCUAGACCCUCGCCAGGUGGAGAUGAUCCGCCGCCGAAGACCGACCCCUGCCAUGUUGUUCCGUGUUUCAGAGCACUCUUCUCCAGGUGAAGUCCCUCCAGAUAGAGAGGAAGAGGCUUCCCCCUAUCAGCUUUCCCUCUGGCAGAGAUCCUCUGGUGAGGGGCACCAUCUCAAGACCAAGAGACCCAACCCCUGUGCCUACACUCCCCCUUCUCUGAAAGCUGUCCAGCGCAUUGCUGAAUCACACCUGCAGUCCCUCAGCAACCUGAAUGAGAACCAGCCUUCUGAUGAAGAAGAAGAAGAAGAAGAAGGUGAGCAGGGAAGCAGACGCUGUCAGGGAGAGGAGGAGGAAGAAGAAGAGGAGGAGGAAGAAGAGGAAGAAGAUGACUCCAGCCAGGCAGAGGUUGUCAAGGGCAGAAAUGAACCUGCUGUGCAGCCGACUUCUUGUGGCCAGGGCCUGGAGGGGCCUUGGGAGCGGCCACCCCCGCUGGAUGAGCCUCAGAAGGACGGAACCUCUGAAGGCAAGGGAGAGGAAGAAGAGGCUGUGCAGAAUGAACCUGGUGAAGGGACCCAGCAUCCUGGUCCUCCUGUCCCUGGCACAUAGACACCCCUGAAUGCUGUUUCCUCCUUCCACCAACAAUCCUGGACCCCUGAAGAGGGAGGAAGAUAAGGGAACAACACUGUUCCCCAGUCCCUUCCCCCUACCUCUCACCUGCCAAGGCUGCAGCUUCUGAUACCUAGGAGACUGAGACUAGUCUAUGUGUUUGCUUAUUUGCCUGUCCCUUUGCUGAUUCCCAGGGCCCCCAGACAAUGCCCAAUGCCCACCCUUACCAUCAUUACUACUCCCCAAUUCCCCCCCCCAGCUGAACAGGUGAGGUUGAGUUAGUUUUGAGUCCCAUUCCUGUCCUGGCCCAUGCCUCGUGCUGAAGAUUCCAAGGCACUGGACUCAAUAAUUGAACCUUCCACUAUUUCUAUUUCUUGUAGCCUCCUCUUCUUAGGCAUAGGAGACCCACAGGGCAGGACCCUAAGCCCAGAAGGGGGGGAAGAAGCAGGGGGAGAUGAAAACUCCCCCAUUUCUCUGGCUUCAGGAGCUCUCAGCUUCUUUCCUCGUGAAGGACCCCUUGUAGCCUUUUCCCCCUUAUUUAGCUUUUGCCAGGGCACGGAGUCCAAGUGUCCCUCCUACUUUUUGGAAAUUGCCUUCAUUCCUACUACUUCUGAUGGGGAGCCUAGAUGCCUGAGUCCCUGGGAGCCCUUCCUCUCACCCUGAGAUGGUCUGGGGGGGGAAACUGUGUCUGUUUUGUUUUGCUUCAAUGCAGGGAAUGCAACCUAGCCUAUGUGUGUGGGGAUAUGCACUUGUUCUGGGUGGGGGUGGGACAAGGUUCCCCUCACCCUCAAUCUGCCCUGUCACCCACGUUCCCUUUUCCCUACCUCUGCCAAUGGGCCUGCUCCCCCAACCCCUUGCUGGAAUAAAGCUUUGUAAAUAAC